AUGGUUCCUGGUGUAGUGGACGAAUCGGGACACCUGACAAUACUACGCGAUGUCACGAACUCGAGCACAAACCGCUUUCUUUUGAAAGAGAGCUCAAAAUUAGCAGGUUCAGCACCAUCAACUUCUGCGUCCGAAGACCAGGUUCACAAGAGCGCGAGCCAGGGAUACGCCAAAGAUGUAUCCGCGGCAUCUCUGACUGGGAAUAACGUUAGAAUGUCUAACAAGUUCUCAACUGUAGACGAUAUUUACAUCAACCUUCUGAAGUCGCAGCGGGAACCUCCCAGCAAACUUGGGCUUUCUUCCCCAGAUAUCAGUAUGAGUAUGAGACGUAUUUUAGUCGAUUGGAUGAUAGAAGUUGCAGAAGAGUAUAAGCUCGUACCCGAAACACUAUUUUUAAGCGUGGCGUACACGGAUAUGUGUUUGCAACAGCUACCAAUAAGUCGUUCAAAACUUCAGUUGUUGGGGAUAACAUGCGUAUUCAUAGCCGCAAAAUAUGAGGAAAUCUAUGCACCACAGAUCGAAGAGUUGUGCUUUAUAACAGAUAACUCGUACGAUCGAUCUCAGAUUAUCGAGAUGGAACGAAUCAUAUUAAAAUGUUUGGAUUUCUCUGUCACGCUGACGACGACGAAAACAUUUCUCACAAUUUAUCUAUCGAAAAUCAAAGCGGAUCAGUUGUGCUCACAUUUGGCAUCAUUUUUGUCUGAAGUAACGCUGAUGCGAAGUGUUUUUCUGCAAUUUCCUCCCGCGGUUAUUGCCGCCGCAGCUACUGUCCUUGCAGAAUUUUACUUGUGUAGAGAAAAGCCACAAAUUAUACCGUUCUUGGUAGAUUUAGACACACCAAAAUUGCGACAGUGCAUCGACAUCCUUCAUGCCGAUAUGAUGGCUUAUGAGCCAGAUCAGUUUCAAGCAAUUCAUGAAAAGUAUUCUGAACAUAAAUAUGCUCAGGUUACGUCGAUUGUUCCUAGAGUUGAUCCGUUGAAUGUGCUGUUUGGCUAA